GUAAAGUCAAUGUGUUACCUUAACUUGUAUACGCAACAUUAUACAAAAAAAUAACAAGGUGUAAUGGGAGCUGCCUGCUGGAGCCACUGGCCUGUGUAUAGAAGGCCUUGGCUGAACCCACACGGAUAAGAAACACAGUCCUGCUUGAAGAGAUAUGAGUGGAAUGCGUGUAACUCUACUUCUGCUGGUGGCCUCGACUGGCUUCAGCAUGUCUUGCCUAACUACUGCCUUCAGUACCUUGUCAAGCAGUGGUACAGAGAGCAAAAUGCUGUAUGACUUUCGCACAAUCUCCUCCUUGGAAAACUGGCAAGAGUCCUCUGAUACUGUUCGGACACCUGGAAUGUCAAAAGGAGCGUUUGUCCUUCAGAAAUCACAGUUAUUCCAGAGAGCAGUGAUGUUCUCCAUGAUCAACCCACAGCCUAAUGGUGCUGGGUUUGUGGGGUUUGUUAACCACGAUAAAUGGAACUUGAGCUAUUUUUCUGGAAUAGAGUUGAAAGUCCGUGGUCAGGGAGAAAACUACAUUUACAAGGUCAACUUCAAGCACAAGGGGCAAGGUGAUGGAAGUAUAUCCUAUGAAGCUUUCUAUGAGAUCCCGAAGAACGAAUGGACAGUAGUAACGUUACAAUUCAACAAGUUCAAACCUUAUUUCCGAGGGGUUGAAGUCCCUGGUGCUGAGCCCUUGGACACCUCCGACAUUACCUCUACCAUACUGCAGAUAGUGGGUGGUGUAUACAGUGACUUCAAGCAGAGUGGCAGUUCUUCACUUGAAAUUGAUUACAUCCAAGCUGUGGAAUAAUGGAGAAGAAAAUACAGCAAGAAAUCAUAUAUUUUUUAACUAACAACUGUCAUAUAUACAUUACAGGACUACCUGUAUAUAGUACUAUUUGCAAUAAAUGGUGCUUGUGCAGCAUUAGCUAUUUCAUACAAACUCGUUAGGAUGUUAAAUAAUUUGCAAACUAUUGUACUGUAUAGAUUUAGCAUAAGUAUGGUGAUGGAAUGAUUGUCAUGCUGGGUUCGAGAGUCCUUUGGGCAUAGAUUAAAUCCUUAUUGUGAUAAAUAUCUCGAGUGAGCCAGUACCAGUAGUUUAACCAUAUCAGCACUGGCUUCUUGUAGAAACCCAACUGGCUCAUAAAUAUCCCGACUGGGAAGAUAUAAAUAUCAUGUCUUAACCUGUUUCUGAUAUACCUGAUGCCAGGCCCAAGUGAUGGACACCCUGGGUUGAUUUGUAAUUUCCACUGUGUAUUAGGCAAGUGUAGUUUGAGUACAGGUCACGUUGUCAGGUCACAAUUUUGUGUGUGCAGUAUAUAAUUGCAGUGAUAAAGUAGGUUGACAAAAUUUCUGUAAUGUAUUGUAUUAUGGAAACGGUUAAAUAUAAUGUUUUUAAGAGCAUUA